CCCCGGUUCAAAGAAUCCUUAUAAAAUCAGCCCUAUAAGCCAUACUAUGUAUUUAAAUGACGCGUCGCCGGGACUUCUAAAAACACUGCCCCCCUACACUACCAGACGACCUAGUGUAAGCGUUCCCACAGCGAGCUGCCGAGGCUUUACCACAUGGAGAUCUGCUAACUUAGCGGCAUCUGAAAUUAGAUCAUUCUCGUCUUGUUCUCGUGCUAGUCUCACCCCUCUCAUUAAACGGCCGCGAGAGUUUCGGUAUGCUCUGUGCUAUAUGCGUCAAUUUUGAUGUGAGAGAACUAUUGGUGAAAGCUGCUGCUCAGCCACCCAAAGGCUUUAAUGAUCCCACUGCGCCAGAUACGUUAGAAUGUCUCCGGCCGGCAAUCCCUCACUUUUUCGAACACCAUCCCAACUUGCUUUCGUUACAGUCCUCGAUCGAUGAAUGUGAUCUCUGCGCUUGCAUAUGGCAGUCGUAUGCUAGUAACGCCCACCCUAACGAACUUGUUCACGAGGAGUUACUUAAGGGCACAAACGCGCGGGAGAUAUUUAUAGGGACGACCGCCUGGGACGCUACUCUUAACGGGUUACCUCAUGUUGCUGUCGUUCAAAACGGGGAAAGGGGAGCCAUACGCACUCUGGCCUCAUUCGAGGUAUGCGCCCUAAGAGUCGUAGGGCAUGAGCCAUUGGAUCACCAAGAUCUUCUUGCUAGGUCCAUAUAUAGCAAUUCGGGAUCGCAAGAGUGUUUGCAACUUGCAGCUAGAUUGUUAGGCGACUGCAUUAAUAAACACAAGUCAUGUUCUUCUCAAUAUCCGACUUCUUCUAAACUUCCGACGAGAAUUAUCGACACAGAGGGAGUGAAUCCGAAGCUCGUUGAUGGUGGCGGGCAAUGUAGAAUCUUUGCGGCAUUGUCAUAUUGUUGGGGCGGUGAUUCUAGUUUCAUACUUACGGUAGCAACUGAACGAUUAUUUCGCGAGGGCCGGCCAAUUGACGAGUUUCCCCCCACCAUCCGUGAUGCCAUCAAAAUCACCAAAGCCCUCGAUAUCCGUUACAUCUGGAUCGAUGCGUUAUGCAUUAUUCAAGACUCAGAUGAGGAUUGGGCCCAGGAGGCUAGUCAGAUGCGCGAAGUUUACAGAGGAGCAGUGGUCACGAUAGCGGCAGCAUGUGCUUCCAAAACUAGCGAAGGGAUCUUCCGAGAAAGAGUAGCGUCGAGUCGCCCUAGGUGUUGGCUUGACUGGAGGAACGGAGAUAAGAAUCCAUCUAAAGUAUUCCUACGCCUAGGGUCUGAACUAUGGGAUGAAAGGAUGCAUCAGAGCAUUCUGAACACGAGAGGUUGGGUUUUGCAAGAAACCCUCUUAGCACCUCGAACGUUAUGGUUCGGUCAACAGCAGUUGUGUUUUGAGUGUCCGAAAGGGAGUGUGGAUGAAGCAGGGCGGGUCAUUAGGAUAAUGGAGAUAUAUCGCAGUAAAGAAUUCAUUCAGUCACUCCGUCAGGAGAUAAUUCCUGGUUGGAGGAGACAGUUGAUCGCUCUUCUUCGAGGGAUGCAUAUUCCCCCGGCUACCACAAUUCCAUGGCUAUCACUAAAAAAUAUCCUCCAGGCACGAGAUCUGGAAACUGUACGUCAUAGAGCCAUUGUCUGGAAACCAUUCACAUUGCAAGGCUACUUUAAGCCACCUGCGGAUAGUCUCGGGAUGUCACAUUUCAAUUUUUGGCUCACGAUCAUUGAGAAUUAUUCAUCUAGGCAGCUCACCAAGCCAACUGACACUCUUCCUGCAUUAUCGGGACUCGCAAAGGAAUUCCACCAAGCUACGGGUGACACGUACGUUGCUGGACUUUGGAAGAUGGAUAUAAUACAAGGCCUCACCUGGGUAAACAAGGGCCUCACUUAGAAAGAAGCUACCCAGUGGCUAUGUCGAAGACGAACCAACAUUACUUGACCAAUAUCUUGCUCCAUCAUGGAAUUGGGCAAGUAUAUUGGGCCGAAAAGUUUUAUUUAAGAUAAAUUACCCCACAACGGCCAUACCUUACAACAGCCAUAAGGUUUUUAAAAACGCGUUCGAUUUAUUUAUUAAUUUAAAUUUAUUUAUAAAAAAACUUUCC